CAACCUACACGUGGGUUUGCUGAUUUUUGAAAUUGUGGUAGUUUAUAACAUUUUCAUUUAUUUAAACAAUUAAAAAUGCCAAAACUAAGGAAAGUAAGACGAAGUAAGAAAUAUAGGCAUAAUGUUAAUCGAAAACGACUUCGAAAUAAACAAAGGAAAAUGCCUAAUAUAAGUUGUACACAAAUUAAAGAAGCUUGGGAUAAUAAAAAAUCAACAAGGGGAAAUUUAGCACAAAUGGGAUUAGCUUAUGAUGCAAACGAUAUUUUAAAAAUUCCAAACAUAAAACAAGAAAUGAAGAACAAUGUUAAAAAAACAGCUUCAGGAGAAUUUCAGGAGUCUGAAGAUGAACCACAACCGAUAAAAAGAGCACCAAAAAAGAUUGAAGUGGCAAUGAAGUUGGAGGCUGAAGCUAAAGCUCCUAGAGAAAGAAUGUUCAAGUUACCUAAAGGUCAGGUACAAUUUCUAACUUAUCUGAUGGAUAAAUACAAUGAUGAUUACAAAGCCAUGGCCAGAGAUAAGAAAAAUUAUUAUCAAUUAACCUGGAAACAAAUAAGAUCCAAAAUAAAUGUUUUUAAAGGAAUUCCAGAACAAUAUGCGGAAUAUUUACUUCGGAAAGGUGAAAUUGUUCUUGAAGAUCCUAUACCUUUCGAAGAAACAAAAAAGAAAAUCGCUGAGGAGAACUUGAAAAAAUAUUGUGCUCCUAAAAAAGAAAAGAAGAAACAACCUAGUAUUUCUCAAUGGAUUGAAGAAAAUAUCAAUGGUGAAAAUGAUCUAAAUAAUGGAUUUAAUACAAAAGAUACAUUAACAGACCUAGAAGGUGAUCAAACUCAAUCUGAUAAGAGUAAAAAGCUGAAACUAUUCCCCGAUGAUGAAGAGAAUGAUAAAAAAUCAAUAAAUAAAAAGAAAAAUACCAAAAAGGUAAUCAAUAAACAAACAAAAUCGUCUAGUGAAAGUGACGAUAGUGAUGAAGAACUAGAAAAUGAUGAUGAAUUACAGUUUAAAGAUUUAAGUGACAUGAGUGAUGAAGAAUUGUCUGAUGAUGAUAUGUUAGAUGAUGAGGAUUUUGCAACAGACAGUGCAGAUGACAGUGAUGAAGAAUAAAUAAUUAUAACAACAAUUACUUUUUUACAAAUUAUUAAUUCUUAAAUUAUUAAAUUUUAUAUUAUAGUAUAAACUACAACUGUAAACAAUGUUCAAAUUUUUAAAAAUAAUGUAAAUAUUAUUUAAAUAUAAAAAAAAAAUUACCUGA